CUUCAAUCCCAACUUGAAGGCCCUCUCUAUAUUAAUCUUGUCCAAUAGGUAAUAUGUUGAGUUAAUGGGUGGGGGACGAGUGAUUAUUAGAUGGGGGGAUAGAUAUGGGACUGAACGGGUGGGUAUGGAGACGAAUAUGACUUCAUACUCACCACCUACCCAUUACCCACCAUAAUCUUAUACAUAUCCUUCCCAAUUAAAACGAAUACAGUGCAAAAACUGUUUAAUUUUACUCGUCUGUUAUCUCUAUUCAUCACCUUUGUAAAUCGUAAUCAUCAUGUCACCCCUACCUCAAUUCUUUAUCUCUUAUUCUCUUUAGUCUAAUCCACAUCCUUAACAAGGUCAAAUUCACACUUUUUUCAUGGAAGACUAAAGAGCAAGAGAGCAAUCACUCCCAAGUCCCAACUCUCAAAAUCUGAAUUUUAAGCACAAAGCUGCAUUAAUGGCAGCUGUACAAUUAACUUUACGUCCACCAAUGAAAUAAUUAGACACAAAUUUUCUAAUUUCUCGGAUCUUUUUACAAUAAUUUAAUCUUGAACUCCUCGAUUACUCACAUUCAUUCCACCCAUUAUUAUUAUAUCCCCAUUCCUCAAGAUUAGAUCCAUUCACCAUUAAAAUACUCCAAUACCAAUCACCUUUCAUUCCCCUUAUAUUCAUCAUUUUUCAGAUCUCUCAUUCACUUUCCACCUUUCCCAUAUUAUUAAGAAAGUAAAACAAGAAAAUGGCGCAGAUUUUGCUACAUGGAACACUUCAUGUUACCAUUUAUGAAGCUAGUGAACUUCACCAUGGAAAUGAUCCUGGUGUCUUCCGCAAGCUUAUGGCGAAUAUUGAGGAGACUGUUGGUCUUGGAAAAGGAACUCCUAAAAUGUAUGCCACCAUUGAUCUUGAAAGAGCUAGAGUUGGAAGAACUAGAAUAAUUGAAAAUGAACCUGCAAACCCCCGAUGGUAUGAAUCAUUUCACAUAUACUGUGCACAUUUGGCUUCAAAUGUGGUUUUUACCGUGAAAGAUGACAAUCCCAUCGGAGCAACUUUGAUUGGAAGAGCAUAUGUACCUGUCGAGGAAAUUAUCGGUGGAGAAGAAAUUGACAGAUGGGUUGAAAUAUGUGAUGAGGACAGGAACCCUCUUGAUAGCGGUGCUAAGAUUCAUGUGAAGUUGGAAUAUUUUGAAAUUACCCAAGAGCGCAGCUUCAAUCAUGGUAUCAAAAGUGGAAAGUAUCCUGGAGUCCCUUACACGUUUUUCCCACAACGGAAAGGGUGUAAAGUCGCUCUGUACCAGGAUGCUCAUGUACCCGAUAACUUUAUUCCGAAAAUACCUCUUGCGGGUGGCCAAUAUUAUCAGCCUCACAGGUGCUGGGAAGAUGUAUUUGAUGCAAUAACUAAUGCAAAACACAUGAUUUACAUUACCGGAUGGUCUGUAUACACCGAGAUUGCAUUGGUCAGGGACUCUAGGAGGCCAAAGCCGGGUGGGGACGUGACCCUUGGUGAGCUUCUUAAGAGAAAGGCAGAAGAAGGUGUGAGGGUCUGUAUGCUUGUGUGGGAUGACCGUACAUCUGUUGGUGUGUUGAAAAAAGAUGGAUUGAUGGCCACACACGAUGAAGAAACCGAGCAAUUUUUCCGCGAUACUGAGGUGCAUUGUGUUUUGUGCCCCCGCAAUCCUGAUGACGGUGGAAGCAUAGUUCAGGAUUUACAGAUCUCUACUAUGUUUACUCAUCACCAGAAGAUCGUUGUCGUUGACAGUGCAAUGCCCGGGGGAGGUUCGGAUAAGAGGAGGAUUGUGAGCUUUGUUGGGGGUAUUGAUCUUUGUGAUGGGAGGUAUGAUACUCAGUUCCAUUCGCUUUUCAGGACACUCGACACUGCACAUCACGACGAUUUUCAUCAGCCUAACUUUCCCGAUGGUGCAAUAACAAAAGGUGGGCCUAGAGAGCCUUGGCACGACAUUCACUCCCGUCUCGAGGGACCUAUUGCUUGGGAUGUCUUGUUCAAUUUUGAACAGAGAUGGAGAAAGCAGGGCGGUAAAGAUGUACUCGUUUCACUGAGAGAACUUGAUGAUAUUAUACCACCUUCGUCAGUGACUUUCCCUGACGACCCUGAGACGUGGCAUGUUCAGUUGUUUCGGUCAAUUGAUGGUGGUGCUGCUUUUGGUUUCCCCGACACUCCUGAAGAUGCAGCCAGAGCAGGCCUUGUCAGUGGUAAGGAUAACAUUAUUGAUAGAAGCAUCCAAGAUGCUUAUAUCCAUGCAAUUCGCCGUGCAAGGAAUUUCAUAUAUAUCGAAAAUCAAUAUUUCCUUGGAAGUUCAUUUGCGUGGGAGCAAGCGGAUGAUAUCAAGAUCGAGGAUGUGGGUGCCUUACAUUUGAUCCCAAAGGAACUUUCCUUAAAGAUAGUUAGCAAAAUUGAAGCCGACGAGAGGUUCACCGUCUAUGUAGUUCUUCCAAUGUGGCCAGAGGGAAUACCAGAAAGUGGAUCCGUUCAGGCGAUAUUAGACUGGCAAAGGAGGACAAUGACAAUGAUGUAUAAGGAUGUUAUUGCCGCUCUAAGGGCUAAGGGUAGUGAUGAGGAUCCGAGGAAUUAUUUGACAUUUUUCUGCUUGGCCAACCGGGAGAUGAAGAAGGAUGGUGAAUAUGAACCUUUGGAACAGCCUGAACCUGACUCCGACUAUGAAAAAGCCCAGCAGAAUCGUCGGUUUAUGAUCUAUGUUCACUCAAAAAUGAUGAUUGUUGACGAUGAAUACAUUAUUGUUGGAUCUGCCAACAUCAACCAAAGAUCAAUGGAUGGUGCAAGAGACUCUGAAAUAGCCAUGGGGGCCUACCAACCACACCACUUGGUAACAAGGAACGAACCAGCACGAGGCCAAAUUCAUGGGUUCCGAAUGGCCCUGUGGUAUGAGCACCUUGGAAUGCUUGAUGAAACUUUCGGCCACCCUGAAAGCAGCGACUGCGUUGCAAAAGUAAACCGAGCUGCAGACAAGUACUGGGAUCUAUAUUCAAGUGAGUCUCUUGAGCAUGAUUUGCCCGGUCACCUUCUUCGCUACCCUAUCGGUAUUUCUAGCGAAGGAGACAUCACCGAACUUCCUGGCUUCGAGUUCUUCCCUGAUACAAAGGCCCGGGUACUUGGUACUAAAUCCGAUUAUCUCCCUCCAAUCUUGACCACCUAAUCUAGUUCAUAUCAAUAGGUAAACCGUAACCACCUAUUUUCUCAUACUUUUACGGAAGAUGCAUUCGAAAUAGGCACAAUAAUAAAGUAUUGUUUCGAGAUUAGAUGGGUUAUUUUGAGUUUUUAAAUCAAGAUUAGUGUGAUCUUGGUGGUUACUUGAUCAUGAUAUGCACUGCCUUUGCUGUUGUGAUAAGAUUGUUGAACACUGAAUCCCUAUUCUGUACUCUUUACUAACUUUCUGUUUAUGUAUCAUUUUGUGUAAGAAUUUCUUUUUCAUUCUUUCCCCAUUUAGAAGGGGUUAAGUUUUACUUUAUAUGAGGCAUUGAAAAAUGAUAAACAAUACUAGUUUGUAAUAACUUUGUUAUUGUAUAAUUUAUACUCUGUUUGUUUUGCUUUUAAGAGACAUGUUCUCUUAAAUA